GCUCGGAUUGUAACGCGGCCGCCCGUGCGUCUGUUCCUGUUGAAACCCCGUGUAGGCGAAGUCACGUUAGCACUGCAAGUCAGCUCGAGAGUGGAGGCGGAUUAAAUUCAGUUUUCAGGAUCUUUUUUCAGCACGUUUUGGUUGGAAAUCAGUCUGCGUGUUUUUUUAAUCAGCGGAGUAGUCGCUCAGGAGUCCAGGUUUGCUGUGUUCCGGUGUAUGUCUGCGUGUGAAUUCAUCGCUCUGCGUCUUUGUGUGUCGCUGGUUGGAGGCCAUUUUAGGCCGCUUGCUCCAGAAGCUUCGGCGGAGCGGUUUUGGUGAUCCAGGAUCGAAGGAGCGCCCGGGCGGCCCCGUGUUGCCUCCCACAGCUCCUGGACUGACUGCGAAAAGACUGCGUGUAAAAGUCGCACGAGAGCGGACUGUGUGCGGCUCGUAGCGGGCCGGGGACUCGUAUCCGGACUUUCGGGGGGAUCCCCUUUGUUUACCAAUCAAUUUGGACUUGCGGUCCCACUUCGGGAGCUCUGACUCCGGCUAGGACCGGCCGGAUCCGUCCCGGUGAGGCGGUGGUGCCGAGCUUUCCGCCCAGCUGCGAUGGCUGGCGGCCCGGCUCAGACAGACUGCUGAAUCGGUUCUGUUUGUGCUGUUCUCUCCGGGGGAGGGUUUGGGUUCUGUGUUUGUUUUUUUGCUGUGAGAUUUUGGGGGGAUUUGUGUAAAAAUGUCUUGUGUUCAUUAUAAGUUUUCCUCCAAACUCAACUAUGACACGGUGACGUUUGAUGGGCUGCACAUCACGCUGACCGAGCUGAAGCGGCAGAUCAUGGGCCGGGAGAAGCUGAAGGCCGCAGACUGCGACCUACAGAUCACCAACGCCCAGACUAAAGAGGAGUACACUGAUGAUGGGGCACUUAUCCCUAAAAACUCCUCGGUCAUCAUCAGGCGCAUCCCGAUUGGUGGAGUUAAAGCUGCCAGCAAAACGUUUGUCAUUGAUCGAUCUGAACCCUCAAGUGGAUCUUCAAAAGCAAUGGAUGAUCCUCCAACCAUUUCGCUGGCCCAGCUUUCCAAGACCGCUAAUCUUGCCGAAGCAAACGCUUCUGAGGAAGACAAAAUCAGAGCGAUGAUGUCUCAAUCCAAUCAUGAGUACGACCCCAUUCACUUUACGAAAAAGCUUGGACCUCCCCCUCCAAACUACACCUGCUUUCGCUGUGGAAAGAAUGGACACUACAUCAGAAACUGCCCAACCAAUGGGCAGGAUAAAAGUUUCGAGGCCCCUCAGCGGGUCAAAAGGAGUACUGGAAUUCCCCGCAGCUUCAUGAUGGAGGUGGACCAGUCCAUGAAAGGAGCCAUGCUGACCAACACUGGAACUUACGCCAUCCCCACCAUUGAUGCGGAGGCGUAUGCGCUUGGAAAGAAGGAAAAGCCUCCUUUUCUUCCCAAGGAGCAGUCAUCAUCCUCUGAGGACGAAGACCCAGUGCCCGAUGAGCUGCUCUGUCUGAUCUGUAAGGAUUUGAUGACUGACGCUGUGGUAAUCCCCUGCUGUGGAAACAGCUACUGUGACGAGUGUAUUCGAUCGAAUUUGCUGGAGUCAGAAGAACACACGUGCCCCACCUGUAACCAGUCUGAGGUUUCCCCUGAUGCUUUGAUUGCCAAUAAAUUCUUACGUCAGGCUGUGAACAACUUCAGGAAUGAAACGGGCUACACAAAGAGAAUCCGCAAAGCUGCUGCUGCUGCCGCCGCCACUGCCCAAAGUCAACCUCGACUGCAGCGCCCAGUCCAAACACUCAGACCCCCAAACUCCCGCCAGCAGGACCCUCUUUUGGCCAACGUUCCUCGCCCUGCAGCCGCCAACACCCCCCCUGCUGAAAGUAGCCCUGUGACCGUUAACCAGGCCCCCGGCACACCCCCUACCGGAGCGAGUUCCUCUGCAGCCAGAGCCGGUGGCAGGAGCCCAUCUCUGUCUCCUCCACCUCAAACCAGCAAACAAGAGGAGCCUGUUAUAUCAAAAGAGACUGAGGUUCAGCCACAAGCAACUGCACCUGCACCCGCAGCUGCGGCACCACCUGAGACUCUGCUGCCAACCCCAGUUAUUCCAAAGGGAUACCAUGUUCCAGUGAUCAACCAACAACAUUCUUUGCCUCUCCCCAUUCCCAGACCAGGACCACCAAGACCGAGUGGGCCUAGGUCAUCUGGACCCCGACCUUCAUGGGAUCCGCCUUCAAACCGUGGCCGUUCUGCUAGUGAGCGCCCCCCAAGGCAGCAGGUCCCACCAGUUCAACCUCCUCCUGUGGUUCCUCCUGUAUACGUUCCUCCUCUGUUUCCUCCUCCACAACACGCCAUGCCACAGCCCCCCAGCGUGAUUCCUCAGCAGUUCCCAAUGCAGUUCCCCACAGGCCAGCAGCCUGGGCCUCCCUUCACGGUGCCCCCUCCAGGGUUUCCUCCAGCUCCGGCUAACGUUCCGGCUCCAUGGGUACAGCCAGGCACUCAGCCACCUCUGCCGAAUCCCUUGCCCUCCAUGUCCAAUGCACCCUUUUUGUCUAAGGAGGAGUUCUAUAGGCAGCAGAGGCGCAUGAAGGAAGAUCCCCACUGUCGAUUCGUUACCAGGGAGAAGUCGAAGCUUGAAGAGUUCACCAAUGACUUUGCCAAAGAGCUACUGGAAUACAGAAAAAUCCAAAAGGAAAGGAGACGGUCCUAUUCCAGGUCCAAAUCUCCAUACCGUGGGUCUUCCUACAGCGGUUCAUCCUACUCCUACUCAAAAUCUCGCACUCGUUCAAGAUCCCCUCGCUCCUACUCUCGUUCUCUGAGCCGAUCACGCUCCAGGUCACGUUCCCGCUCUCGUUCUCGCUCUCGUUCCUAUUCUCGCUCUCCUUACUCGCGCAGGGGCCGCAGGCGAAGCCAAAGCUACAGAUCUAGGUCCCGUACACCGCCCUACCAUCGCUCCCGCACCCGCUCUCCUUCAUUUAGAGGGCGAGAGGCAGGGAUGAGCGGCAUUUACCGUUCCCGCUCCAGGUCACCGCAUUACAGGGGCCAUACUCCCGGCAAGAAACCUCUUUCUGGACCUCAGGUGGAAACGGAUCGCAAGUACUCAGCCAGGUACAGGGAGCAGGUCCCCCCUUAUGAUGCCAAGGCCUGCUAUGGCAGAGCGGUGGACCACAAUAACCCAAGUGAAAGGGAAAGCUUACGGCAGUGGGAGAGGGAUCUCAGAGAGUGGUACGAGACAUACUUCAAAGACUUUGAGGCUUCACAGGGCAGUCAAAUCAGAGGUCGUGGUCAGGGCAGAGAGCCAUAUUCUCCUGAACAUUAUGGUCGUUAUGGACACCGAGAUGGCUCUCCUUAUGCCAGAGGGCGACGUGAAGACUAUCCGCCCCACUCCCAAGGACAUGGCGUUCCUCCAAGAGGUCGUCCAAUGAUGUACCAAGAGAAAUGUCCGGAUAAAUUUGGCCACUUCCAUGCCAACAAUGCAGCAGUUGGUCGAGGUAUGAAUAAAGAACCCCAAAAAACUGCUAAAGAGCGAGAGCCUAGCACAAGCACAGCUGUGGAUUCUAAAAGUUUAAAACACAAAAAGCAUAGGAAGAAGAGGAGGUUGGAUGAUGGUGAUAUCUUCAGUCAUUCUGAUUCUAUGGAUGAAUUUAAGAAAGAUGAGAGAAAAGGCGAGUCUAUGAUGAACUCGACUCGUGACGAUGCCACCCCAGUCAGGGAUGAGCCAAUGGACAGCACUUCAUUGCCCUACAAGAGCUCCUCAGACAAGGAGAGAAAGGAGAGGACCAAAAGCAAGAUUGAAAAAGUCAAGCGCAAGGUCGACAGUGGCACUCAGAAGAAGGAAGGUUCUUCAAAGACCUUCAAGUCCGUUAAAGAAAAGGAUGUGGAUGCAUCCAGAGACAAAAUGACUUCCUCUGACCCUCCAAUUAAAAGAAUCAAGGAAGAACCAUCUCAGAAGACUGAUGCUAGCAAACCACAUUCCUCAGAGAAAAUCAUGCUUCCUCGCAAACUGAUGCAGUCUAGACCAGUCAAACAUCACCAAGAGCUAAAGCCUGUCAAAGAUGAGCUUAAAAUCAAGAAGGAGGUGGUCAAAGACUCUCAGGUGAAGACUGAGAAAUCUUCAAAAGAUGGAAAGCCCAAGCUUGAGAAGCCUGUCAAAACUGAGGAGAAGGUGUCCACCAAAACGGGUGAUGUAAAAGUGGAGAAACGUAAACGAAAGGACGACAAGCCAGGCAUUAAAGAACCAGAGGUGCCUCUCACUAAAUCACCGAGGGCUGAAUCUGCAGAUGUGGCCAGAGGGUCUCCCAAGCCUAAGCCCAAACCCAAGGUCGAGGGUGAGAAACCGGUGGAGAAAGAAAAAACAGCCAUCCCUUCUCUGAUGGACAUUAAGCCUGAGCCUGUGAGAAAGAUCAAGCUCAACCGUGAGAUUGGAAAGAGAAUCACUAGCACUGACCAGCUUCCUACUGAAGACUCUGGGGUAGCUGUUGGGAAGAACAAAGUGGACCAGAAGUCAAAGACCAGGAUCCGGCGAAGAGUUCGUGCUCCAGAUGGGUCUGGAUCCUUGUUGGUUGAUUACACAAGCACGAGCUCCACAGGCGGUAGUCCCAUCAAGAGGCAUCCAGACGAGAAGCUAGACCUGAAGAAGACUGUGGUGAAGACUCUAGAAGAGUACACUAAUGACAGCUCUACACCUGCUGAGGAUGAGAUCGUUAUGAUCCAGGUUCCUCGCUCUAAGUGGGAGAAAGAAGAUUAUGAAUCUGAGGAUGAUGAUUCCAAGACUGCGGCUGCAACAACUUCUGCAAACACUGGUCCUUCUGCUAGUGGGGAAAACGCAGCUUCAAAAUCUAGUGACAAAGAGGCUGACAAAACUGCCAAUGCCUCUAAAGACACCAACACUGAGACCAAGCCUGCCAAAGACCUGUCAUCAAGUGAGGUGGAGACUGACCGAGAUAAGGAAAGUGAGAAGGAACGAGAGAGGGUCAGAGAACGAGAUCGCAGUGCCUCAGAUCACGAGUCUUCAGACAAGAGGAAGGCUGGCACAGUCAGUCUGGAUAGAGGUAGCGACCACAGCAGUGAGAGAAGCUCUUCUUCCCAGUCCUCCAGAGAUCGACCAUCUGACAGAUCUGCAUCAUCUUCCAGGAAGCCAUUGAGCAGAGAAGUCAACACAAGCCUGCCUGAAAGAAAGCCAGACCACCGAGCAACCACGAGAGAUCAUUCAGAGUCUUGGCAGAGGGAACCAAAACCAAGGGAACCCCUUAGGAGGAAGGACUCGCCACCUCUUUCCUCUUCAAGGGGCAGUAAAGAACAUGAUGUUCUCACAGAUGUAGGUAAAAGAGCUCCUGCUGUUUCUCAGGACUCCAAAAGGACAGAUAACAGCCCUUCUGGAGAGAAAAGGGCAACAGCUCAGAGUCAACCAGCUCUAGAGUCUAAAAGACCUGCUCCAGAAGAACACAAAACAGACAGGCAGCUGCAGAGCUUGAGACAUGCUGAUGGUAGAUCCACAAAGGAUAGGGACCAUGUGGUACACAAACCUUCACAUAGGACUGCUUCUCCAGAUUCCAAGACCGAGGCAGAGCGGGCUGGAGCUCAUCCAGAACGAGAUCAUCCCAAAGUCAAGCCUCCAUCGAUACGAUCCAUGCGACUCUCCUCAGACCUGACGCGAGAAACGGACGAGGCUGCCUUUGUCCCUGAUUACAGCGAGAGUGAAAGCGAGGCCUCUGACCCUGAGAACAAGGCAGAACACAAGGACCGUGGCAGGGACAGCAGUGCAAGCCCCGCCCAGAGCCGCAGUGCCAGCCCCUCUGGGAGCCACGCCCACAGCAGCUCACCUAGCUCACCAGGCAGCCAGGACAGUAAGAAAAGGAAAAAGGACAAGAAGGACAAGAAAGACAAAAAGAAGCACAAGAAGCACAAAAAACACAAGAAACACAAAAAGCACACCAGCAAUGAGUUGGAAUCCGAGGCCAAAGGACAGAAACACAAGCAUAAAAAGAAGAAAUCCAAAAAGAGCAAAGACAAGGAGGAGAAGGACGAGCGAGUGAAAGAAGAGCCAACGGAUAAAGCUCCUGUUUAAGGGACUUGUGUGUGAAUCCUUGGUAAUAUUGCAAAUAGAUACAAAUGCAUUUUGGCCUCUUGGAAAGACUACUGUUAAUACUUUAAUUUUCUUUAUCCGUUGAAAGUAACUGAUUGUAAAUAUCUGACUUGAUGUGCUAAUCUCCACCACACUGAGAGUAGCUGCUUGUAAAGAUGAAGGUUAAUAUUUUGCUAUGUAUUUUUGGUGAGUCUCUUCAUUUUCUUCAGGGGUUUUUAUUUCAAUUUUUUCUUGAACAAAUGUUCACAUAAUUUCUCAUAAUGUGGUUUUACAUUAAGCCAGAUUUAGAGGAGGCACUUUAGAGAGGUUGUAAGAGAUUUGACUACAAUUUUGCAGCAGGAGCAUCUGUGGCCUGCCUAUACCUCAUCUCCCUUGUGUUCGUGGAGUCCGGACAGAAACAUAUCAUUAAAUUAUUGUCUCUCAGUACAAUGAAACUGUUGAAGCUGGACAAUAGUGCUGUUCUAGUAUGGGGGCACAUAAUCAUUUGCUUGUGAAAUGUUUUUGCACUGUGAAUAUUUCCUUUUCUCUGAAGUUUUUUUUUUUUUUUUUUUACAUCCCACUCUCUCAUGAUGGUUAAUUUAAAUUACCAGCUGAAAAUAUGGAUGUGUUUUGUUCUGAAGGUAAUAAAAUUUAGCAAGGUCCUAACACUUGCUUUUACUUCUGUUGGUGAUUUGAUUUAAAACCUAAAUACAAAUUCUAUAAAACAA